AUUCGGAAAGGAAAGAAGUCUUUUUCAAGUGAAUCUCAUUCAGUUCUACGGACAACUAUUGUGAAGAGAUCGCACAUAACUCCAAGGACAAGAGUGUUCCAGAAUGAGAUCGGCAAUUGUGCUCAUGUGCCUCAUAGGCACAACGCUUAGUAUGCCACUUCAGGUCUAUCAGCAGUUACAGCGCCAGAUGCUUCAGCAGAUUCACCAUCAGCAGCAGCCUCAGAAGCAGCAGGCUGGGAACCCACGAUAUUUCAGUCUGAGCCAAGAGACGAUGCGAGAGAUGGCCCGCUACAAAGCAUUCAUGCAGCAGCAGUCGAUGAUGUUUCCCUCUCUGAACAUGCCACCACACAGCACUGGACUGCAGCCCCCACAGAUCCCUCAGUUCACAGGGGUACAGCUGCCUCACAACACGGGGCUGCAGCCCCCGAUCCAGGCUCAGCCGUCUCAGACACCAACAAGCCAGGCCCCAUCACAGCUCCCACCCCAGGGGCCCUCACAGCUGCCCCAUCAGAUGACUCCUAGCUUUCAGCCCGUGGAGUAUCAGCCAGGCCUGCAGCAGAUGCAGCUAGUACACGCGGAGCAGCAGUAUGAGUAUGAAACUCCUUUCUUGUUGCCUCAGGUCCCAGGACAGCUGACACCACAGGUUGGUGCUACAGCAGGAAGUGCUCCAGCCACACCUACAGCCCCAGCAGCGCCCAGGCAGCAGGGUGACCAGGCAGGGCAGCAGCACCCCACUGCGCAGGCCCCGCAGCCUGGCGUCCAGGUGCUGCAGCCUAACAUUCAGAUUCCACAGACCGGCAUCAACGGACCGCAGCCCGGGACCCAGGGGCACCAGCCAACUCUUCCAGCCCAGCUCCCUCCAGUGUUCAAUACUUUUGGAAUUUUACCCAUCAUGCCACCACAGGCCCAAGAUGAACAGCAGUUUCCUGGUUAUGGCGUCUUUUUCAAUACUGCUUUCCCCCAGCAGCCAGUACAGCCUCCUCAGGCUGCACAGCCCGGUGCCCCACCACAGCAGCAGAUGAUUCCACAAAUCCUUUAUCUCCAAAUCCAGCCAAUGCAGUCUGCCAUGGGGGGUGGUGGCUUCGGAAGUGCUAGUUCUGAAGAAAUGCAGGCAGCAGGAGGGGUGGCUGGCUUUGGAGGGUUUGUUCCUGGCUUUGCCGGAUCGGGCUAUGGCGGAUUUGGUGGCACGGUGCCCGGGACAGAGGGAGUUUUCCCCACGGGACAGGGGAUCCUCCCGGUAGCCCCCGACGCCGGGCUGUUCCCAGUCGGCCAAGGCGGCAGCCCCACUGCUCCUGCCGUCUUCCCAGCAGGGCACGGCAACCUGCCGCCCACACCAGGCAGCACCGUGCCAGUUCAGGGAAGCAACAACCAGCCCGCUCCACAGUCCAGAGACCCCGCCUUCAGCAUGACCACACCGGCCGGCGUCAGGGCCGCGACAGUCGGGAAUCCGCCCGCAGCCGCCGCAGGCACAGCACAGCCCAACGCAGCCGCCGCCGCGGCCACAGCUGCCGCCGAGAGGGUGCAUGUCAACCAUGCAGAGCGCAACAUUCCCGCCGAUGACGAAAUGCCCGAAGCUGAUGACUAUAGGGCUCCUUUCAUCUACCCCUGAGAAUGUUAAUUCAUUCUUGCCAACAUGCCGACCGGCACCCGUGACGUUUCACACUUCCAGUGAACAGAGAUGACUGACCUAUCAGCCAUCAAAGCCUUUAUGUUUAAUAUUCGAAAGAAAUAGUAUUACUAUGUGCAACUUAAACCGGUAACUCCAUCUUGUUUCCUUUUAUGUUAUGUACAAAUUAAAAUUGUUUUAAUGUUUAUGUUAACCUACAGUAUGUUACUGUACUUUUUUAUGCAUGUAACACAUUAUUUAAAGAU